GUCUGCCCAUCUCUCCUCCCUCCCUUCUCUGGAGACGCCACGCCCACGUUCCUCUCGUCUCGCCCUGAAUCGAUCUCCUCCGUCGAUCGAUCGGAAGAGUUGGGAGUUGGGAAGCUAUAGCUACGGUGAUUCCUCGAGCUGGACCAGACCGAGGCCUGAAGGUUUUCCAUCGACCGAUCGGUGAAUCACCCGGUGCUAGUAUACGUACCCCGGCCGCCAUGUCGUUCACCGGCACGCAGGACAAGUGCAAGGCGUGCGACAAGACCGUCCAUUUCAUCGACCUCCUCACCGCCGACGGCGUCUCCUACCACAAGACAUGCUUCAAGUGCAGCCACUGCAAGGGGACCCUCUCGAUGUGUAACUACUCUUCGAUGGAUGGUGUCCUGUACUGCAAGACGCACUUUGAGCAGCUCUUCAAAGAGACGGGGAGCUUCUCAAAGAAAUUCUCGCAAGGUGGUAAAUCUUCAGAGAAGAGCGACCAGGGAAGAGCUCCUAGCAAGCUAUCUUCAGCAUUCUCUGGAACUCAAGAUAAAUGUGCAGCCUGCCAAAAAACUGUGUACCCAUUGGAGAAGCUAACUCUGGAGGGUGAGUCUUACCACAAGAGUUGCUUCAAGUGCUCGCAUGGGGGCUGCAUCCUGACGACGUCUUCCUACGCGGCGCUCAACGGGAUCCUCUACUGCAAGAUCCAUUUCUCGCAGCUGUUCAAGGAGAAGGGCAGCUACAACCACUUGAUCCAGACCGCACAAUCGAAGCAGAAAGAGUCCGAGGAGGCUGCACCGGUGGCGGCCACAGAGGCCAGCGAGAAAGAACAGGAAGUGCCCCCACAAGACGCGACAUAGAGCAAAGAUUAGGGGGAAAACAGAACCGGAUAUAUAUAUAUAUAUAUAUAU